CACAACAGUCUGCAUUUGGUGACUGGCCCGUAAAUAUAUGUGUGGGCGAAGCUUCAAAAGGGAAAAAUAAGCAUACAGGAUCUAAAGAUGUCAGACAGAUUGCUGCUUAUUUUCAUGCUUAUGCUGGUCACACGAGGAGUUAUUGUCGUGACACAUGGCCACGCAGAGCUCGCUACACCGAGGCAUGGAGGGCUAGGAGACAAUAGUGACAGUUUCCACAACGACAGUUCGGAUCAUCAAGUUGAAAUCGCUACUCAAAGAUCUUCACCAGCUAUUGCAUCCUUCGGGAAUACUGAGACAGGGGAGAGAAGAAGAAGAUACAGUGUAGAAGAUUCCAGUUCCUCUAGUCCGGUUCGGCUUGCUGUCGCCAUGAAAGCGCUGGAAUUAGAAAACAAACAGUUGAAAUUCACUCUCAAGGAACUUCAAGCAACAACAGAGAAAUUUGCAACAAAGUGGCAAGAGUCAAACUUUGCUAUUUCUCAGCUUACUGCAGUCAACCAGCAGCAGCAGCUGGCUAUAGGACAGCUGCAGCUGCAAGUGUCGCAGCUUUCCACGAACACGAUGAAACUGCAGGACGAAAACGAGGCUCUUCACACACAAGUGCGCUCGUUACAGGAGAAAGCCGACUCUGCUCUUGAAGAAGGCCUAACCUCUCAAGUGAUCCAACUUCAACAGAAAGACCAGGAACUGAUGCAGACGAUUAUAAAUCGCACUCAUGUUGAUAAGGUUGGAUUCCACGCCAGACUUAGUAUUUCCAUCGACGCCAAGACGACCGGAACUCUCGUGCUGGACAGUGUGGAAUUCAACUUUGGGGAUGGCUAUAACAAGACAACGGGUAUCUUCACGGCCCCUGUUGGUGGCGUUUAUCUGUUUUUGGUCAACAUUGCUGCCAACUCUGCUGGGGAAUCGGUUUGGAUAAAGAUUGUUUUGGGGCAGAAUGAACUCUGCAAAACAUAUUCGCGGUACUCUACUGAGAUAGAGAUGGCGAGUUGCCACGCAGCAACAUCACUUAUCAAGGGUAACCAAGUGAGGGUAGUUAUGGUUGGAUCGGCCAGUUAUAAAAUCCGUGGAGACUUCUGGACCACGUUCACUGGGGUGUUGAUAAAAAGCUGAGAACACAAAAUAACCAUCAAGCAAUGAAAGAAAUCCAUGUUACAUGUUCAUGCUUUCCUGAUCUAACAGACGUGGUCUGUCGAGUAAAAGCCUCACUUUGUUACAAGAAACACCAUGUAUUGUCGAGUGACUAUAAGCUUUACACACUCCCCUAUAAACUGACCCUGUCUACCUGUAUGUUCUGCUCAACCAUCUUCAAGCAAGAGUUGACCAUUGAAGGUUUACUGUUCAAUGUUUUUGCUUGCUUCAACUAAAUAUUCGGAGUUCAUAUCGUGAACCCUACCUGCCUGCCUGCAAGCAAUCUUUUGUCUUAAGACAUAAUAUUUUACAAUUAACUUGCUUAGAAUGUAAUCUUCAGAUGACAUUUAAACUUUUUUUGGUAUAAAAAGUUCCCGCGUCUGUAACAAAUAAUUUGCUUGACAUGUUUACUUUAUUAGACUAAUAAUCCUUUUUGUACUGUAGUGUUACUACUGUUGUAAAGUACAUAUUUACUAUAGUAAUAAAUCUUGUGGAAUUAUACAUAAACUUGUGCCCACCUUGGAAAUCUCCCCAUAACAGAUGUUAACUUCAUGGCCAAAAAAAUUGUCUUGUCACAUUUCGAAAAAAAUUGAAAUAUUAGCAUUUCUAUGUUUGAGUAAAGGCAUUUACUUGCAAAAUCUGGUUGUGUAACAAAAAAUAAACAUAAUUAUGUGUAA